AGGGCACCCUAAUCAUUUUUUCAUGUGAUACAUUAGGAGUCGUGGUCACCAUACAAACCAUACGACGCUCGCCUCCAUGCCUCGCCGGCAGCGCCGACCGGAAUCUUCGUCUUCGACUUCCAGCACGUACGUCGUCGGAGAAGAGGCAGGAAAUGGGCUUGAAAAUGCUGUGAAGGAGAAGCGUUGCAAGUUUUGGCUUCCAAAUAAGCGCCGCUACUGCGCUAACAUCCCUGUUCAUUCCUCCCCGUUUUGCGGCAACCACGAUUCCUCCGCCGGUGAUCGCCGCCUCCCUUGCCCCCUCGAUCCUUCGCACUCGGUAUCUAAAGAAAACCUUGAGUCCCACCUCAAGAGGUGUCCUCUGAAGAAGCGGGCUAUAGCACUAGAAUCCCAGGCGUACUACUCAAAAGGAAUCAACAGCGGAUUCAUUGAUUCUGCAGAUGAUGACAUCAGCACCGAGUCCAAAAGGAGGGCCAUCUAUGGCCUUAACUCAUCUGAUUUCUUCGCUUUAGUUAAAAAGAUAGAAUCAUUACACUCUGCUGUAGUCGGACAUUUGGAGGACUCUUACCUGAUGCCGGAGGCCUGUGAGAAAUGGUUGCGGAGGCAAAUCGACAGCAAAAUUCCAUAUCAGGAGCGGCAUGUCAUGCAGCAGGCUUCGAUUAUUGGCAACAUGGAGAAAUUUGGGAUAUUAUUCAUGUCCAAAGAUGAGAUUUUAGGCUCUGUGCUUGAGGAAGAUGAAAUAUAUGACUUUGUUCGGAAGAAAGGCGAAUUACCAGCAGUGGUCGAGUUUGGAGCCGGGCGAGGUUAUUUAACUCAUAUGCUGGCAGAUUCAUAUGGGAUCCAGAGGAUUUAUCUGGUAGAACGCAGGUCUUACAAGCACAAGGCUGAUCGAAGUCUGCGACAAAAUGAGAGUAUACUAUUGGAGCGUUUGAGAAUUGAUAUUGAGGAUUUGAACUUGCAUGCAGUAGAAUCUUUGAAUGGUCAUCCAUACCUAGCAGUCGGAAAACAUCUAUGCGGUAAUGCAACAGAUUUGACGAUUAGUUGUUGUUGUUGUUCUCCGGAAACCAAUCUCAGCAGUAUAGCUUUUUCGAGUUGCUGUCGUCUUCAAGGCAUCGCUCUGGCAACAUGUUGCCACCAUCUUUGCCAGUGGAAGCAUUACUCAAAUAAAAGGUUUUUUUUGGAUCAUGGACUAACCAAGCAGGAUUUUUACGCCGUUACAUGCAGCAGCUGGGCAGUAGAUGCGGAUCACAGUACUGAUCUCUCUGAUCUGUCAGAAAGCAGCAUAGAGAUAAAUGGCAGUGAAGUGAAUGAAGCCAAAAAACACUUUGGUCCUGUUGAAUUUUUCAUGGGCGACAGAAGCGUUGAAGAAAUCAUCAGAAACAUGAAAUCUGUGGAUAGAGCUGCUUUUGGCUUAAAAUGCAAAAAUAUUAUCGAUAUGGGGAGGGUUUUCUGGCUUAGAGAACAAGGAUUGGAUGCAGAGCUGGUGAACACCACGCUCCCAAUUACAUUGUUGCUGCCUCUUCUGCAAAAAGUCGCCAUCUACUACGUACUGAAUUGCUGUGUAGCCAUCUGUGCUACAUUUUGCGGGGCCCACAUGGUUUCCACUACACAGCAUUGGAUGCCAGAGUGGACCCAACGAAACCCAACCAAUGAAAUUGUCGGCUCAUACUUAGCUACACGUAGCUUCGUGGAGUCUAUCAUUCAUGGCGUCCGCAGUCCGGCCAUGGACGGAUUGAGCUUUGGGAUUCGAUUUACUCCUUUAACCUCGAUCAGAUCUCGAUUCAUCAGAGGCCGGAGAUGGCGAGGAAGAAGAUUCGAGAGUACGACUCCAAGCGCCUCCUAAAAGAGCACCUCAAGCAACU